AUGACGCAUCCGGAUGCCGCCGUCUCUCGUCUGCUCGUCUUGAGCUCGGACAUUGAAAGCUCCCACUCUGUGGUGGAGGAGCUGCUUAAGCUCUGUGCCAACGGUACUACCGAAGUGGCCCCAAGUUCCAACGAGACGGUCCUGACGCUGCAGACGAAGUACUAUCGAGCGCAUGUAAACGUCCACCUGCAUGUGGUGCUGGACAACGAGCCAGAGCCGGAGCUGCAGCACGAGCUCCGCGAGUAUGAGGCAGUGCUUGUGGUGGUAAGUGCCUUGCAACGAGGAAGUUUCCUGCACGUGCGUGGCCUUGCCAAGCGCCUCGUGGAGACGACGUCCUGCGACGUGUGUCUGCUACUCGUGACGAGCCCUUUGAGAGAGGCGCCAGAGUAUGUGGAGGAGAUGAUGAGCUGGUGUCAAGACAAUGGCUUUGAGCUUGUCAUGCUGGAGGGUGCAGAGGAUUCACGUGGUGACGACAGUGUCUUGAACGAGAAGCACGGGAUUGAACGCGUGCUGGAAGCUCUGGAGUGUAAUCGAUGGAGUUCGAUGGAGAUGGAGGGGCGAUAUCUAGUGGGGAAGAUUGGAGCAAAAGUAGCAGCAGAUGGUGUAGAGAUGAUUGUGGAUGAUAGGGACAUGAUAGAGGGCCGAGCGGAGAACAAGGAGGAGCAUCAAGGAGGGCAGUGGAAUGAGAGAAAAGACGUACGUCGUCAUGGGACACGACUGCAGCAAGCUCUAGAGGUUGUUGAACAUUCUGGUGCUUCAAGUGAGAAGACGGAGGGAGAUAGGAUCGAGAACAACGAUAUUGAUAUGGACGAUUUCAGUGCCCUGCUUGCUCAAGUACGGUAUGUUCGCGAUCAAGUUGGAACUCUUGAUGACACUGAGCGACGUGAACGUGCUGCUGAGGUGGCCAUGAUGCUGUCCAAGUUUUUGGGCGAGGACGAUGACACUUUAGACGACACUUCUUCUGCUCACUUGUAG